AUGCUCGCCGUCGGAGGGGCCGCCGCCGUGGGCGCGAUCCUGUUGCUGGUUGGCAAGCCGUUGCUUGUAUACUUCCGCAGAGAUGGAGGCGAGUCGUCAACUAGCGGUGCCGUUGACUAUCCGGCCCAACUCGCCGGUGCUGGUGCAAUUGGAGGCGUCCUCGCCCUGUUCUUGCCGUGCAUCGUCUUCCUCGUCGACGCAUGGUAUCUUCACCCGAUGCUGCGACUCGCAGUCCCUCGCGCGCGGUGGGUAGACGUCGUGUUGUAUAUUUUGGCGCAGGUCGCCUUCGCCGUGGGUGUUGGAGUAUGGAGUGCCGUCGUGCCGCUUGGUGGCAAAGGGAGCUCUGAGAUGGAAGAAAACAGCGCGGUCACUACCGCGCGAGCAGUCGUAGAUGGCGUGGAGGCCGCAGUGCUGGGUUCGACAGUGUUGCAUGCUGGGCGCGCCUUGCUGUUUUCGGGGUUGUGGGCGGUGAGAUACGUGCCGAGAGGGGUGGAAGAGGUAGGGGUGAGGUCGGACGAUUAG